AUGGCUUAUGUUCGCUCUCGCAAGUUCUGCUGCUGUCUCCCCGUCAGAUUUGGCGUGUUUGUCAUUGCUAUCCUCGGAAUGGCAGGCGGUGGUGUAAUCACCGUUGCAGGCAUCAUGCAAGCAACCAAAACAAGCGGAAAUAAACUUGCUCUCAUCAUUCAAAUUAUCAUCUACGGUCUCCUGGCCUUGCUCUCGAUCUUCGGAUUGAUAGGGGCGAUAGGAAAGAUACGCGGCUUCAUAUCGGCCUAUUUCACCAUGUUGACGGCCCUUCUGGCCUUCAGCAUCUGUUCGGGGGCGUAUUCGCUUUACCGGCUGUUCAACGACAAGCAGGGGGCCAUCGAUGACUGUAUCGGUGAUUCUGAUAGUAAGCUACAGAAGACGGCGUGUGAGAAGGGGGCAGGCCUCAUGAGGGGUAUCAUGGUUGGCUUGUUUAUUGUCGUCUGGCUGAUACAAAUAUGGGGUUGCUUCAUCGUGAAUAGCUACUCCAAGCAGUUGUGGGAGGAAGAGGAUGCCAACUAUGUGCGAAAGGAUACCGAGGCCCGCCGCCCUCAGUGGUAA